AUGCGUCUCUUCAGUCGCAAGGGCUCAAAGCCCCAGGUUUCACCCAACGGUAGCCAGCCAAACAGCUCCAAUGGCUCCUUGCGCUCUCCUGGACCCACGCCAAACGGAUCCCGCCCCACGAGCUUUCCAGAUGUGCCUCUGCCAAAGGCCCCAGACCCAACGCUGGACCCCGCCGGCUACUUGCGCAGCAUCUACGCCGUGCGCGAGCGCUCCAAGCUCGUGCUGGAAAAGGCAAAGAAGAAUCAGCUCAAGCACUUUACCGUAGACAUGUCCAAGUUUGGCGAUGUCGCCAGCUUCGUAGUGUCGAUAAUCAAGCGCGACUAUGCGCCCGACUACGCCUCAAUCCCUCCCCACGGCCGGUGGCAGCACUUUGACGUCGGUGGCCGGCCGCGCAUCGACCAGCUCAUGGCGUCAUGGCCAUCUACGGUGGAUAACCAAGAGCGCACGCGCCGCCUCCUCGACCUUUUCUUGGUUUCGGUUCUCCUUGACGCUGGCGCGGGGACCAAAUGGCAAUACAAGAGCAAGGAGUCCGGCAAAAUCUACCGCCGCAGCGAGGGUCUUGCCGUAGCCAGUCUGGAAAUGUUCAAGGCCGGCGCCUUCAGCAGCGACCCACGGGAACCCUUCCAGGUCGACAGUGCGGGGCUGAAGAAGCUGGAUGUCACAACAGUAGCGCGAGGCCUGCAAGUCACUCCAACGAACCCAAUUGACGGCCUCGAAGGUCGCACAUGUCUGUUACUCCGUCUCGCAGAAGCACUCCAAAAUACAGAGGUCUUUGGCCUAGAAGCGCGGCCCGGAAACAUGCUUGACUACCUCCUCUCGCAUCCGACCACACAAGCUUCAUCCGUCCCAAUCAUUCCUGUUCCCACACUCUGGAAUACCCUCAUGGAAAGCCUAACCCCCAUUUGGCCAGCAUCAAGAACUCAAAUUGACGGCGUACCUAUGGGGGACGCAUGGCCGUGUUCUGUCAUGCCAUCGCAUCCAACACAUCCAUGGGAGAACAUUGUUCCCUUCCACAAACUCACUCAAUGGAUGACAUACUCACUCAUGGUCCCAAUGACUAGGCUACUCCACGUUCACUUUGCCGGUGCCGAACUCCUCACUGGCCUUCCAGAAUACCGAAACGGUGGACUCUUCAUCGACGUAGGCCUCUUGACACUCAAACCCGAAGACGCAAAACGUGGCCUCGCACAAUAUCAACGCAAUGCCGAACAAAAAGGACAACCGAGCAUGGAAGUCGUCCCCAUGUUCACUGCCGACGACGACGUAAUUGUCGAGUGGCGCGCUGUCACCGUGGGCCUCCUCGACGACCUUUUGGUUGACGUAAAUCAAUUACUCCGCUUGAGCGGGUCGGAGAAACUCAGUCUGGCGCAAAUGCUCGAGGCCGGUAGUUGGAAGGGCGGUCGAGAAAUUGCCGAAGUGUCGCGGCCCAACACCAAAGAACCGCCGAUCAUGAUCCUCUCGGACGGCACUGUUUUCUAA